UGUUUGUUUUCUGCUACUGUGAAGAUGAUCGAGUCAUCUUUGAGUUCUUUGGGUGCAAAAGUGGUUUUGGCUGCCUCCGCUGAUGAGAAUCAUCCUCCAGAGAACAUCUUAGACGGCAAGAAGGAACACUAAACAUUUUGGAUAUCUACAGGGUUGUUUCCUCAGGAAUUCAUCAUUCGCUUUGCUGUGCCCACAAAGAUUUCUGCUGUGACACUGGAAAGCUACAAUGUCAAGCAUCUAAAUAUUGAAAAGAAUACCUCAGAAGAUACUGCUCACUUUGACUCUGUUGCAGAGAAAGAAUUUGAACACACAGAAGAACAUCUUCAGUCAAAUUCUGUUUCAUUAAAUGGAACCACUGCAACACACCUUCGUUUUAUCAUCACCUCAGGAUAUAACCAUUUUGUCUCAGUGCACAGACUCAGUGUGCAGAAUUAACAGAUUACAAUUUCACUGUAAUUAUUGUCAAACAUGGUCCCAGCCAGGAUAUAUUUUUAUACAUAUUUGGAAUUUAAUUCAAAUUUAAAGGGCAAAUCUCAUUGUCAUCAGUCUGUCUUGAUAAAAGACACACAAACAUCUUCCUUAAUGCUUGUGUAUCCUUUAUAUAUGUAAGCCCUAUUUUUAAAUAAAAAAAUACAUACCAUA